AUGGUUGAGCAAGAGCAGGUUAAGCCCUUCGCCCCGAUGGCCUUCGGAGCUCAAAGCAGCGACGACGACGAAGCCUUGUCGAUGGAACUGCAGUCGAAAAAGAAACGAUAUAUCCAGUGUUGCGGCUGUAUCACCGCACUCCUUUUAAUCCUAGCCACCGUUGUUUUAAUCCUGUUUUUCACUGUUUUUCGUAUACAGGAUCCAAUGGUCUGGUUGAAUUCCAUAACAAUCCAAAGCCUGGAGAUUUCAACCAAGGGAAUUCUAAGGACUGAUGUAAACGUAACACUUUUAGCUGAUGUUUCAGUGGAGAACCCCAAUGCAGCGACCUUCAAAUUCAAUAAUGGCAUGACGACGAUUUACUACGGUGGCAGGGUGGUGGGUGAGGGCAUUCAUUUCCAAGGGAAGGCUAAGCCUAGGCGUACGCUGCGGAAGAACGUGACGGUGGAAAUCGAUCCCGAGAAAUUUCUGGCUGAUCCGAGCUUUGUGAUCAAAAUCAUGGGUUCAAAGGGAUUGAACAUAAGCAGUUACACCAGAAUCUCAGGCCGGAUAGAUAUUAUGAACAUUAUCAAGAGAAACGUUUUGGUGAAAUUCAAUUGCUCCACGACUUUUAGACUCGACCACUCUGGCGUAGGCUUUCAUGGAGAGAAGUGCCGGCCAGAACUCGAUUUCUAG